UCCAAGUGCGUGCCCAGUCGCUAAGCGAGGGUAUCAAGCAGCAAGUAUUGAAUACCAUUACAAUGUUUUGAUCCUAAAAGAGGGUGUGGAUUACUUUUUGGAAUUAUCUGCGCAUAUAGCUCAGUUGACGUACACAGUUGAGUUUUUAUGAUCGCGCUUGCAACUAGCUCGCAAGCUAGAAAGUAACCUUACCUUCGAUUAGACGAAACUACGUUGCAUGCAAGACUGUCGGCUGUUCUGUAGUCAUUUAUAUAGCUAACAGGCACCAUUUGCGGUGUACUUUAAAUUGGGUGUCAUCGCAUCCUGCUAGAUAUCACUGAAAUAAUUUAGGACAAUAAAAAUGGGCCACGUUUGGUUCAGUGACACAAAUAUUAAAGUUUAAUUAGUUGAUAGACUUUGUGGCCAGCUAGGUAGCUACCUGUACGCUCGUGCUUUGCGACUGAACACCAACUGCUGCGUGCUUUUGGAAAGCUGUUCGCUAUGGGGGAUCAUGUGGGAGACCUCAACGCCAACCUGCCUUGUCAUUCAACUGGAGAUCCUCAGCUGGAUAAAGCCAUUUAUCAAUGGAUAACAUGGGACAAGAACCCCAGGACAAGGGCCCAGGUGGAGGUCCUGCUGCAGGAGGGCCGUCUGGAGGAGCUGCGCCGCAGGCUGUGCUCCAGGAUGAGCUUCGGGACGGCAGGCCUCCGGGCGGCCAUGGGAGCCGGCUUCAGCCUCAUCAACGACCUUACCGUCAUUCAGUCCACACAGGGCUUGUAUAAGUAUCUGGCAACGUGCUUCCCUGACUUGGAAAGCAGAGGCCUCGUGGUUGGCUAUGACACUCGUGGACAGGAAGCCAGCAGCUGCAACAGUGAACGGCUUGGCAUGUUGACUGCUGCAGCUAUGCUUUGUAAAGACGUCCCGGUCUAUCUCUUCUCUUCAUAUGUUCCCACCCCCUUCGUGCCAUACGCGGUGAAAAAGCUGGGUGCAGCUGCAGGUGUGAUGAUCACAGCCUCUCACAACCCGAAAGAGGACAACGGCUACAAGGUCUACUGGGAGAAUGGAGCCCAGAUCUCUUCGCCCCACGAUAAGGAGAUUCUCCGGUGCAUUGAGGAGAGCACGGAGCCCUGGACUGAGUCCUGGAAUGUGAAUCAGCUGGACAGCAGCCCACUGAGGAGGGAUCCCUUAAAGGAGAUCUGCAGGUGUUACAUGGAGGAGCUGAAAUCAGUCUGUUUUCACAGAGAGCUGAACACAAACUCGCCCUUGAAGUUUGUCCACUCUGCUUUCCAUGGCGUUGGGCACAAGUACGUCCAGCUGGCCUUCCGAGCGUUCGGCUUUCCCCCUCCCAUUCCCGUGCCGGAGCAGAAGGAUCCCGACCCAGAAUUUUCCACUGUCAGCUGCCCGAAUCCUGAGGAAGGAGAGUCCGUUUUGGAGCUCUCUCUUCGCCUGGCUGAGAAAGAAGGUGCCGGAAUAGUUCUGGCAACUGAUCCUGACGCUGAUCGUUUGGCUGUUGCCGAGCAAUAUGACAAUUGUAAGUGGAGGGUAUUUACUGGAAAUGAGCUGGCCGCUCUGUUGGGCUGGUGGAUGCUCUUUAACUGGAGGGAGACGCACCCGGACCCAGACGACACUCAGAGGGUCUGCAUGAUGGCCACAACGGUCUCCUCCAAAAUCCUCCAGGCCUUCGCACAAAUGGAGGGGUUCCAGUAUGAGGAAACAUUACCAGGCUUCAAGUGGACUGGAAAUAAAAUCUAUGAGCUGGAGAAGAAAGGCAAGGUGGUGCUGUUUGCGUUUGAGGAGUCUAUAGGGUUCAUGUGUGGCAGCAUGGUCCGUGAUAAAGACGGAGUGAGCGCAGCAGUCGUGGUGGCAGAAAUGGCGGCCUACCUCCAUUCCAAAAACCUCACCCUGAGGCAGCAGCUCGCAAACAUUUUUGAAAUUUAUGGUACACACAUCUCGAAAACGUCCUACGUCAUCUGUCGUGACCCUCCAACUAUCAAAAGAAUAUUCACUCGUCUCCGUAAUUGGGAGGGUGAGGCAGGGUACCCAAAGUCCUGCAGAGGGUACAGCAUUUCGCACAUCAGGGACGUGACCACAGGAUAUGACAGCAGCCGACCCAACCAGAAAAGUGUGCUUCCUGUGACAAAAAACAGCCAGAUGGUGACCUUCACAUUCAAGAACGGGAUAGUGGCCACAUUGAGGACGAGUGGCACCGAGCCCAAGAUCAAAUUCUACACUGAGUUCUGCGCACCCCCUGGGAAGAGGGACAUCUCCAGCAUGGAGGAGGAGCUAAAUAAGGUUACAGAUGCACUGGUCGAAGAGUUCCUCGAACCGGACAAGAACAACCUAAUUCGAAGAUCUCUGUGAGGAGAGACUUCUCGUGCAUUAUUUAGUUUAACGGCCGAGUUCCCUGUCGCUAGCAUUUAAAUGAGACGCCCACUGCUUUUUCACUUACUGUGAGUACAGUACAGAGUGUGUCAUUCUGAUUUCUCGUGUCGCAGUAAUUGUCAAACAGGCACAUUUGCUGAAAGUGUAUGCUAGCUUCUGUGUUUAGGGAUGAUUUAGUUUUUUAGCGUACCUCACUGGAUCUAGUUUUAUUUAUCAGACUGGGGAUGCCAGUAUUUGAUGGAGAGUGCAUUUCUUAAAAUACAAAAAUAGAAAGUAUUAUUUCAGGAAAAAAUGUGCUUUGUUUUAAUGAGAGUGUGGCAUAUCCAUACAGGGUGAACCUCUUCUGUAUUUGUCUUAUUGCAACCACGUACAUGUACUGUACCAGCAUGGUCACUUGUGGUAAAAAAUAGUGUCAUGGCUCUAUCUGUCCAAAUCGUGUGGAAAUGUGCUUUACACUGUGUAGCCAGAACUGUUUGUUUUCAUCUAUCUCAGGGUGUGUCUUUAUAUAGCAGUUAUACACUUACUUGGCACUUUAUUAGGUAUUUAUUAGAUUUAUUUUUUUGACUUAUUGGUCUUCUUCUGAUCUAUUUAGAGGUUUGACGUAUUGUGUGGACAGAGAUACCACUGCAUACCACUAUUAUAAUAAUUUGCGUUACUGUCACCUUCCUGUCAGCUUUGACCAGUCUGGCUCUUCUCCUCUGACCUCUCAUUAACAACGUGUUUUGGGUGUCUCGGUGGCGCAGCCUGUAGAGCACUAACCCCAUGCUCAUUGCGAGCCGCGACGUUGGCGGUUCGAAUCCGACCGUCUGACAUUUGUCGCAUGUCUUUCCCUCUCUCUCGCUCCCAUUCUUCCUGUCUCUCUAUACUAUACUGUCCAAUAAAGCUGAAAAAAAAUAUCUAAAAAAUAAAAAUAAAAAAAACUGCAGAAUUUUUUUGCCUGCAGAAUUGCUGCUCACUGAAUGUUUUUUGCUUUAGCACCAUUCCCUGCAAACUCUAUUGACUGUUGUGCAUGAAAAUCCCAGGAGAUCAGCAGUUUCUGAGAUGCUCAAACUACCCUGUCUGGCACCGACAAUCAUUCCAUGGUCAAAGUCACUUAAAUCACAUUUCUGACAUUUGGUCUGAAAAACAGCUGAACAUCUUGAACAUGUCUUUUAUGUAUUUAGUUGCUGCCACAUGAUUGGCUGAUUAAAUAUUUGCAUUAACCAGCUGGUGUACAGGUCUACCUAAUAAAGUGCUCACUGAGUGUAUAUGAUAGUUAUAAUGUUAGAAUUAUAUAUCACUCUCUUAUUAUUACAGAUUAGUUAAUGUCAGAUCUAUGGCAGGUUGGCAUCAAUCUCUGAGAAAAGAUAAACUCACUGACAAUGAAAAGCUAUUGCUUGGACUACAUAAGAAUGCAAUUUGAAGCAUGCUGUACUCCGUUUUCACAUGUACAUCUAAUGCAUGAACAUGCAAGCAACCAAAGAGAUUAAGUCAACUAAGUCAGCUGUGUUGUGAAGGGAAGCCCACAGUGUAUAGUAACAGACCACCGUGUACAAACCACUGAGAUCAGGAAUGUGAGCUACUGUUUCGUUAAUGCUUGUAGUCUAUGGAGUGGCAUUCAUUGCAAGUGUUACAAAAUGCAUUUUUUGUCAGCUGAAACCAAAAACCAUUUGAAUUCCUUUCUUGUUUAAACAGCAAACCGUGAUUUCAUUCUACAAUCCUUAUAUAUAUAUUUUUUGUGUGAUACAUUACUACAUUUUCUGCCCAAAAGCACUUUGUGGACAAAAUUAUUGUCAAAGAUUAGGUGGAUAAAACAGGCAAGGGGACACAACUUGAGUUUCCUUUUGCCAAAUAGCUUUUGUGCUAAUAAUUAUUCUGUACAUAAAACACAAGUUGAAUUGUCGUUCACAGAACCUGCAGAUGAAGUGCCACUUUAUGGAGUGAAGUUAAAUUUAUGAUUAGGAAAUGUUGCUGUCGUCUGUAGACUGAAGACUGAUUGGUCCAGAGAUCGCUGAUUGUGAUUGUAAUGAACUUUUCCAGAUUUCACAAGUAAGAGAUUACUUCAGAAUAUUGUAUCUAUUUUCGCUCUUUGUUCACUUUGUUUAGCUGUUCUUAGUUUAUUUAUUCUUUCAGAGUUGUCUUAAUUUUUGUGUUGAUGAAUUUAUUAUAGUUAUUGCUUUAAUGCUUCUGUAACGUGGCAUUGUUUUAUUGUGUUGCUGUUUCAUAGUACAGUAAAUAAAAUGUCUAUUUAUUUUGUG